AUGUCAUCAGAACCAAUUGAGACCAUAGAUAUUACAGAGGAUGAUCCAACAGAGCAAGAAGUAGAAUUAGAUGUUGAACCAAGUGCUUUAGAUAUUGAUAAAAUUAGACAAGAUGAAGAAUCUAAAUCAAAUAUUUUAAUGGCUGCUAAACUAUCACAACCUGUGCUGAAAGAUGAAUUGAACAAGUUACAGGAUAGAUUAUCCAAAUUGAACACAGUGGGAUAUAAAGAAGAAGAAUUGAAAUCUAUUGAAACUUAUUUCUUAAAUGUUUUACAUAAUGUAUCAAAUGAACAAGAUAGAUUAUCAAUUAUAACAAGACGGAAUUCUCAAAUAGAAUCUAAAACAUUAGGGUUAUUAGCAUUAAGAGUUAGUGCUUUCAAUUUUGCUAUUGAUUAUAAUAAUGGUUCAAAUCAACAAUUUGAUAAAUUUAAAGAAGAUUUAAUUGAACAAAAAUCAAAAUCAAUUGAUGAAGAAAUUCAAAAUUUAACAAAUAAAAUUGAAAUAAAACAAAAUGAUUUAUAUAAAUUUGAAAAUGAUUUGAAAUUAGAAAAUGAAAGAAUUGAAAUAACAGUUACAAAAAUUAUUGAAGAUGAUGAGAAUGAAAGAAUACGAGUUGCAAAACAAAAAAUUGAAGAUUUAAAAACCAAAAAACGUGAAGAAGAAGAACGUCAAUACCAGGAAGAAAUUGAAGAAAAACAAAGAUUACUAAAUUUGAAAAAACAAGAAGAAUUAGAAGAAGAAACCAGAAAGAGAUUAGCUAAUGAAGAAUUAAUGAAUAAUCUUAAAAAUAAAGGUUAUAGUGAGGAAACUUCAUUAAUUAUUGAUGAAAAUACAAAAUUACCAAAACUUGAAACAGAUCAAUUAGAACAAGAGUUUCACAAAAUUAAAAAUGAAGAUCAAUUAAAUGAUGAUAAUGAUAAAAUUGAUUCAUUACAAAGAAAAUUCAUUGAACAAGAUAAAUCUGGUCGUGUUGAAUAUCGUGCUUUAAGAGCUCAAAAAAGAGAAAAACAUGCAAUUAGAAGACAAAAUGGUGAAACAAAUGUUUCUUCAGAUGAUGAAUGGAUUGAAGAAAUCGAUGGGAAAUUUUCAGAUGAAGAAGAUGAAGUUAGAAAUGAUACAAAUAAAUCAGAUUCUGAUAUUGAUAUGCUUGAUACAGAGAAUGAACCAUUCCAUGUUCCAAAUGAGCAACAAUCACCACGAAAACAACAACCACAACCACAACCACAACCAAUACCAAAUGAAUCACCAAAGAGAUAUGUUGUUGAACCAUCACCAAGUUAUCCAAUUGAAUCACAAUCACAUGACUUAAAUCCUAAACCAAGUUAUAUAUCAGAUGAUAAAAUACCAGAAGUUCAACCAGAGGGGUUUAAAAAACAUCAACAUCAAAAUAAGGAACCUCAAUCAUCAUCCUCCUCAUCAUCAUCACCAAGUAUCACUUCAAAACCACAAAUUAUGAAACCAGCAACAAUUCCAACCAAAAGAACUAAUCCAACAAAUGAUCCAACGACUUCAAAUCUUUUCAAUAGACCAAGAGAUCCAAGAGUUCGUAAAAGAAAUAGAUCAGCUGUGGGACAUUCCAAAUAA